AUGGAUUCACAGACGAUAUCUAUAUUGUUGCUUGGGGAUGACGGAGUAGGAAAGACAACAUUCUUAUCGUGCGUGUUCCACCCGGCCGAUCUCUCCUCUGCUUGCAGGCGGAUCAGCCAGGGCCACAGCAACCUCGUUGGCACCAGACCAAUAACUCUGCUCAAGGACAUGGAUCAACCCUUUGUGUUUGAGACAUCAUUUGGGAGGCGGCAGUAUCGAUUAGAGUUCUAUGAUACGUCGAGUCCGGAGAACUGGCGCCUUCUCAGGCCAGACCUCGCUCUUAUCUGUUACGAUAUAAGCCAGCGCUUUAGUCUCAUCAACCUCCAGCGAGUUUGGAUCAAAGAAGUCCGCUCCACCUUCCAGUCUGAAAGCACGCUGCCCCUGGCCGUGCUUGGCCUGAAGCGGGACCUGAGGUCCGAAGACGACCCCAACGGCAUAAUAUAUCCGCAGGAGGCAUAUCGCAUUGCGGCAGAGAUCAGGGCUGACAAGUACAUGGAAUGUUCUGCAGUGACGGGGGAGCUUCUCCAGCUGGCAUUCGAGGAGAUUUGCCAAAUGGCUGUCAAGACGACCAGUGCGGAUGGUGGCCAGAGCGCCGGGGGUUGUUGUUUGAUGUGA